GCAGAAUCUUCUUUCAUAAAAUGGUCAACACGUUUGAAGACACAGAGUCGAAGGAUGGGGUUCAAAUUGAUGACCUUGAUGAUCAAAUAUCAAAUAUCCACAGGAACGAUGCGAUCAGCUAUACAGGGGAGAAAAAGGAUGAACUGCCGAUUGUCAAUGGAAAGCUGCAGCAGCCACAAGAAAACUCUGGAUCAGACAUGAUGUACAAGAUUGAAGAUGUCCCUCCAUGGUACCUUUGUAUUCUGCUGGGUUUUCAGCAUUACCUGACAUGUUUCAGUGGCACUAUUGCAGUCCCAUUCCUGCUGGCUGAAUCACUCUGUGUUGGGAAGGACCAGGACACUGUGAGCAAGCUCGUAGGGACCAUUUUCACUUGUGUGGGGAUAACAACACUAAUACAGACCACAUUUGGAGUCAGGCUUCCUUUGUUUCAGGCCAGUGCGUUUGCUUUUCUUGUUCCUGCUCGAGCUAUUCUUGCUCUAGAGAAGUGGAAAUGCCCCGAUGAAGAUGUAAUUUAUGGAAACUGGACUUUUCCCUUGAACACAUCCCACAUAUGGCAACCAAGGAUACGAGAAAUUCAAGGGGCGAUCAUCGUGUCCAGUGUGAUUGAAGUGCUGAUUGGUCUGGUGGGGCUGCCAGGCAUGCUGCUCAGCUACAUCGGGCCUCUCACAGUCACACCCACCAUCUCCCUGAUCGGCCUGUCAGUCUUCCAAGCAGCGGGGGACCGCGCUGGAUCUCACUGGGGUCUGUCGCUGCUAUCCAUUUUCUUGAUCGUGUUGUUUGCUCAGUACCUGAGGAAUGCAAAGUGUCCUGUGCCUGUCUAUAGGUGGGGGAAAGGAUGCACUAUCGUUAAAAUACAAAUAUUCAAAAUGUUUCCGAUUAUCAUGGCCAUCAUGGUGGUUUGGCUGAUUUGCUAUGUUCUAACUCUUACUGAUGUUCUACCGACUGACCAGGACCAGUAUGGGUAUAAAGCUCGGACAGACGCCCGGGGGGAGAUCUUGUCUCAGGCACCGUGGUUCAGGUUACCUUAUCCCUGUCAGUGGGGCAUACCGACAGUGACGGCUGCUGGAGUCCUGGGGAUGUUCAGUGCAACGCUAUCUGGAAUCAUUGAAUCCAUAGGCGAUUACUAUGCCUGUGCAAGACUGGCAGGCGCCCCACCCCCACCCAUUCAUGCAAUUAACAGGGGCAUUUUUACUGAAGGCAUCUCCUGUAUAAUAGCUGGUCUGAUGGGGACCGGGAAUGGUUCCACCUCAUCAAGCCCAAAUAUCGGGGUUCUUGGUAUAACAAAGGUGGGCAGCAGGCGAGUGGUUCAGUAUGGAGCAGGGAUCAUGCUUGUUUUAGGGACAGUGGGAAAGUUCACUGCACUGUUUGCAUCAUUACCAGACCCUAUACUUGGGGGGAUGUUCUGCACCUUAUUUGGAAUGAUAACUGCAGUUGGACUCUCCAACUUACAAUUUGUGGACUUGAACUCCUCCCGGAAUCUGUUUGUAUUGGGCUUUUCAAUGUUCUUUGGCUUGACUCUGCCAAAUUACUUGGAUACCCACCCAAAGUCCAUUAACACAGGUGUGCCAGUAAUUGACCAAAUACUUACUGUCUUGAUGACGACUGAAAUGUUUGUUGGCGGCUGCCUUGCCUUUAUCUUAGACAACACCAUACCAGGUACCAAGAAAGAGCGAGGUCUGCUGGAGUGGAAGGAGGGGGCCCACGCUAACAGUGACAUGACUGUGAGUCUGCAGACCUACGACUUCCCAGUGGGGAUGAGCUGUGUGAAGAGAACCAAGUGCUUGAGAUUCAUUCCAAUCUGUCCAGCUUUCAGGGGAUUCAGGCAGAAUCACAAUGUGGAAUCGAGGGACACAACGGAGGAGGGAGUUGCCAGCACAAAAGUGUAACAUGUAUAGUUUCAUCACACAAAGCCAAUAGCUCCAGCACUAGAACACUGCCCAUUGCCUGUUUCAUUGAACUAUCAUAUACAGUAAUGAAUGUCAAAAUGUAACCUUCUCAUGAAAUACUGAAAAAUGUGUAAAUAUGUCAACGCACCAAUUUACUUUUAACAAGGCAAAUUCUGUAACAGUAAAUGCUAAAACUAGAAUUUUACGUGGUAACUUAAAGGAAUGUUAACCAAGUUUUUAAAAGCCAUUGUCUUCUACAAUGUUGUAUUAGCAUUAACUGAUUGAUCUCACGAUGUUGUCAAGUUGAGUGUUAAAGGAUCCCAGUGGUUCAGCAUCAACAACAUGAUUAGGCAGCCCAUUGAAUCAACUAACACUAACCCUAACACUAACACUAACCCUAACCCUAACCCUAACCAUAACCCUCACCUCUCUGUGUGGAGUGUCUCCUUCAGCAACAUGACUAGGUCCCCCUCUUUUUGUGUAGAAGAUACUUUGGUGCUUUGCUUGCUUUUUAUAUUUAUAUUCUUUUUUUUUUUAAGUACAAUACUAGAUAAAAAAGUGAUCUAAUUAUAUUCUGUGCUUUAAGUCACAUGAUCUGAUUUCAGCUGACCAGUGGCUCUCAGCCUCCCCCUGACGACCCAUUGAUUUACAGUGUCCCAGGUUCAUGACUCCUCCCUCCCCCCCCCUCGCCAUCAACACAAGAACAGGUGUACAAAAAUAAAAACGCGGCAAUGCGUUUUCUUGAACAAUUUUAAAUAAUAAACUGAGAAAGAGAUGAACCAGUUUACAAAUGAGUGAAUACAAAUCCUAUGUUGUAGAACUGCAGAAACGAAUUAGUAAUUGAAAUGUUCAGUCAGUCAGUGGGAAGGCUGUGCUGGUUUACGUUUCACCAUCACUUUACGUUUCACCACUUCUGAGAGUGGCUACUCUCAGAAACAAGUCAAUUCAAACAAUGUCUCCUUCUCCCUCACCUGGAUUCUAACUGGGUUUUAAUGUGUUUGUGAUUUCAGCAGUCAUGGUAGGAUUCUAACUGCUACACUUGUUUUAGUGUAUUUUUAUGUAUCGCGUCAUUCAGGUUUCUGAUGUUUCGCUAUAUAUCACCCGCAAGGCUGCGACCCCAGGUGGGGUCAUGACCCAGAGGUUGAGAACCACAGAGGUGGACCUUUGGAGUGAAACUAAAUGACAGAACCGGAAGGCAUUUUUACUUCUAAGCAUAGUCUUUGAAAUACAGUCAACUCUCAUUAAUAUGAAUUUCAAGGGACUGUAUUAUCAGUAAUUCAUAUUAUCAGGAGUCUAAGCCAAAUAGAUCCUGUCAUUUUUUAUUGAAGGUUCAGAUAUAACCUCUUGUAAUCCUAACUUGUUGCAUCCUAGUUCAUAUUGUAUUAUUAUUUGCACUUACUGUAAACUACACUGUAUUUAUAUAUGAAGCUUGCUUUGUAACCCUUUACUGCCCUGUAACACCUGUAAGUUGCCUUGGAUAAAGACGUCUGCCAAAUAAAUAAAUAAAUAAAUAAAUAAAUAAAUAAAUAAUAAUAACACUGAAAUCCCAUUUCAAUUACAGAACAUUAUACUGUCCAUGUCAUAAAACACUCCACCCAACUCCCAACACUCCACCCAACCCACUCCAGCACUCCACCCAACCACACUCCCAGCACUCCACCUUUGGUCUCGUGCCUCACAACACACCCAGGGCGUGCGGUAAGAAUUGUCUUACCACACACCCUGUCAUGGGUUACUUCUUACUUAUAAAAUGGCUUGGAUAAAUUAAGUGCUGUGAUUGGCUAAACAAGAUCACAUGACUGUACGACUAUAACAUCAUAGACCAACUCACUUACCUGAUCCAUUGAUAUUACUAUGCCUUGUAAUGUGUGUGAGAGUUGGUAUAAUGGACUCUUGUGGCCCCUUAUAAAAAUGUGUACACUCAUUUUUCAGUUUCCCCAUGCUUUUGUAUAUAACCUGAAUACGUUUUUUAUUUGUGUCACUGUGAAAGUGUCAAUAUACCUUUGAGUGAGUGGUUUUUGUAUCUCAAAUUAUAAUGAAAUAAUAAGUCAGAAAUAGCAUGUACAUGCAUGCUAAUAUGAGGUCUCCUCGUACCCCAGAGUGUGAAACUACUGAUCCUUUUACAACUAAAUCAACAAUCAAUGAGUCCCGCUUGGAGAAGGUUACCAUGGUGGUACUGGUAAUUCCAGCACCUUACUGAACUUUGAAAAGGUACUCUGGUAGAGUUGAUGUAGAUAUACUUGUACUCAGACAGGAUAGAAUAAAUAUGACCAAGGAGUUUCUUCUCACCUGACCUUCAGGUCACAAUAAUAUGAUGUCUCGUACAUAAUGUAUAACACACUGGCCGUCCUCCUUGAACAGACUGACACAUCUGUUUAGAAAGAGUUUCUCUGAAAGAAUUCUCACAGUUCAAAACUUGAUUCCAUUACAAUAUAAACCUGCCUAUCUCUUUGAAUAUCUUUCCCACGUCCUACUUGACAUUGCAAGCUGCAUUACUCAUGGUGGUUGUUGCAUACUUUCAGAAAUCUUACCUGUUGUGUCUCUUAUUUUAAAACAUGACACUACGGAAAAGAACGUUUUUAGUUGUUUUGUCUUCCCUUCCAGGACAUGUGUUCACUUGCACUUCCUAGCUCAUUUCACCUCAGCAGUGUGUUCGGGGUCAAAGCAUCUGAACUGGCUGCACGCAAUGAGGGGAAGCAGUUGCUUAGUAACUGAUGGAUAAGAGACUGAAUGGAUGUGCAGAGCAUAUACAUUCAUGGAAUUAUUCUGUGCGCUACUAUCACUUGAAUGACUCACUUUCCAGUCCCUCUGCUUUAUUUAGAGGCUACAGUACACAUGGUAACCGAAUGACCAAGUCCUUCUUAACUGAAUUACAGUGCCAGUAUUCCUGCAAUAUUCCUAUAAAUUGUCACAUACCGUUAAUCCAUUUGAAUCCAAGGUUAAGGGACCCUAUGUAACAUACCUGGUAUUAUAAAUCAUAAUGAACUGUUGGUUGUAUGUAUUUGUUAUGAUGUAUAUAGCUAUGGCCAAAAGUUUUGCAUCACCCUAUAGAAUUAGCUCAUUGUGCUUCAUAAAGUCGAAUGAAACCUGCUGAAUAAUGUUGCGUUAACAUCAUAUCGCUUUGUAGUUUUCCAUAUACUUAACGAAAAACUGAAAACAUUUUUAAAAAUCUGACAUUUCAAAAUCUAAAAUGAAAUACUGUACUACUAUUAUGACUUC